CGAGGACCACCUGCGUCUGGAGAGUAUUUUUAAAGCACGUGAGAACACAUAAUUGCUCGCGCGAAGCGCAUCACCUCAAAAGCAUCUAAAGAUUUUCACUUGUAUUGGGUUGUAAGCGUGGUCUCGUCGGGUUUUUAAAAAAACGGUACAGAGUGCACUCGCCUUUUUUUUCGGAGUUAACCGAUCUUGGACUCUCGCUCGGGUGGAUAGAGAGACGGGUCUCCGCCGGGAUCUCCUCGCACCACGACUACACUGGAGAAACCGAUUGACUCGAGUAGAAACAGAGGAGAGUCCUGUGGAGUCUGUCCUUCAUUCACCCAGCGAGAGACAACUGAGUUUAGACCCGGAUAAACUCAUUUUAACACAUCCUCGGUAACUCUGACCGGCAGCAUGUGCCACAUUAAAAGGUUAUGAGUGCACUAACAGCUUGGUGAUCCACAGACAAGCCAAUGAGAGAAUGGCCAGAGGUCACAUGAUCUACAGAAGCACCUAUCAGCCGGUAAUACUGAUUUUACUGGGCAUACUCCAGCUGGCGCAUACACAAACUCCUCCUCGGUUCACACGGACACCCACUGAUCAAACAGGAGUGCAGGGGGGUGUGGCCUCCUUUGUAUGCCAGGCCACAGGAGAUCCACAACCCAAAAUCACAUGGAGUAGAAAAGGCAAAAAAGUCAUCAACCAGAGAUUUGAGGUAAUAGAGUUUGAGGAUGGCUCAGGGUCUGUAUUGCGGGUGCAGCCACUGCGGACCCCCCGAGAUGAGGCAAUGUAUGAAUGUGUGGCAUCUAAUGAAGCAGGAGAGAUCAGUGCAUCCACGCGCCUCACUGUUCUCCGUGAGGACCAGCUCCCCGCUGGUUUCCCGUCUAUAGAUAUGGGUCCUCAGCUGAAGGUUGUGGAGCGUUCUCUCACUGCCACCAUGCUGUGUGCAGCCAGCGGAACACCUGACCCAGAGAUCACCUGGUUUAAAGAUUUCCUCCCCAUAGAUACACACACUCACGGACGGAUCAAACAGUUACGCUCAGGUGCGCUUCAGAUUGAUCAGAGUAAAGAAACUGAUCAGGGUAAAUACGAGUGUGUCGCGACCAACAGUGAAGGAACGCGCUACUCAACACCAGCUAACCUUUACGUCAGAGUGCGUCGCAUCCCUCCUCGCUUCUCAGUGCCACCGAUGGAUUAUGAGAUCAUGCCAGGAGGCAGUGUGAAUAUCUCCUGUCAGGCUGUGGGCGUUCCCAUGCCAUAUGUCAAAUGGAUGUUGGGAGCCGAGGAUUUGACACCAGAAGAUGACAUGCCUAUUGGGAGAAAUGUUCUGGAACUCACAGAUGUACGCCAGUCUGCCAACUAUACCUGUGUGGCCAUGUCUACGCUGGGAGUUAUAGAAACUGUUGCACAGAUAACAGUUAAAGCCCUUCCCAAUCCUCCAGGAACACCAGUUGUAAUGGAGCGAUCUGCCACCAGUAUUACUCUCAUGUGGGACAGUGGGAAUCCCCUUCCUGUUUCCUAUUACAUCAUUCAGUAUAGUCCCACCUCUUCUAGUGACAUCUUUAAAGAAAUUGAUGCCAUAGCAACAACUCGAUAUAGUGUGGGUGGACUCAGCCCCUACUCGCACUACCAUUUCCGGGUCGUGGCGGUGAAUUCAAUAGGCCGUGGUCCACCAAGUCAGACGGUGGAAACCCGCACAGCCGAACAGGCACCUAGUUCCCCUCCUCGCCGUGUCAGAGGUCGCAUGCUGAGUGGUUCCACAGCAAUGGUGCAGUGGGAGGAGCCAGAGGAAGCCAAUGGGCAGGUGGUUGGUUAUAGGGUGUAUUACACGUCGGAUCCAUCACUUCCUGUGAGCCAAUGGGAGAAGGAAAUGGUUCGCGGGGUUAAUUUUUUGAACAUACGGGACCUGACACCCAACAAAACCUAUUAUAUUAGAGUGCUCGCCUUCACUGCUGUGGGAGAUGGACCUCUCUCCAGCGACCUACACAUCAUCGCGAAGACAGGAGUUCCAUCCCAGCCCACUGAACUGAAGGCAGAGGUGAAAUCAGAGACAAGUAUUCUUCUGUCGUGGAUCCCUCCAGCUCACAGUGGCACAGAUGCCAUCACUGGCUAUGAGCUCAUAUACAGGCUUGGAGAUCAGCCAGAGCAGAAAUUAACAUUUGAUCCAAGCUCCAGUUAUCUGUUGAAGAAUCUGAAGCCAUUUUCCACCUACAUAUUCCAGCUAGCAGCACGUAGUAAACAUGGCCUGGGGGCAUUCACCAGUGAAAUCACAGUUCAGACUCCACAAACUCAGUCCAUACCCCUCCCCCAGAAGGUCACAUGCAUAAGCCCCUCCUCCACAAGUCUGUUGGUCAACUGGGCUCCACCCCUCACGGCUGACAAUGGAAUCAUAACCGGAUACUCCAUCCGCUAUGUGGCCGUGGAAUGGGAAAAAGACCCCGUACAAAGGAUCACAGACAUCCCAUCCAACUGUUUUCGGUACCGGAUAGAGGGACUGAAGAAAGGGACCUUGUACUCUGUUACUGUCGCUACCCACACAGAUGCCGGUCAAGGGCCAGAGAGCCUGCCGGUAUUGGUCCUCACUGAGGAAGACGUGCCCAGCACACCUCCGCGGGGCGUGGAUGUGGUGGUCUUAAACGCCACCUCUGCCAGAGUGUCAUGGAGACCUCCAGUUGCUGAGCGACAGCAUGGAAAGAUCCGUGGUUACCAGGUGACAUAUGUCAGACGCACAGCAGCUGAGAGAACAGGCCCUCCCAGAAUCAAGGAACUCCUACUAAGAGACUCACAGCCACGGAAUGAUUCCCAACAAUAUGAGCUGAUUUUGUCUGAUUUGUGGCCAAACACUGAAUACUCUGUGGCUGUGGCUGCGUUCACCUCAAAAGGCGACGGAGCAAAGAGCAAAGCUACCGUCAUCAGAACUAAACCCUCAUUGCCAGGUAUGCCCCUUCUGACAGUGGAGUCAUCAGAGGAUGGCACUGCUCUGCUGAACUGGCAGCCUCCUCCUGCUGGUUUGUACCCUGUGCUGGGCUACAGGCUCUCAUACGGCCGGGCUGACCCCACCUCAGACUCCUUCAUGGUUCUGGAGCUUGAUGCUGACACACGCACCUACACCGUCUCGUCCCUGAGUGCUGGGAUUCUGUAUGUGUUCCGUCUCGCAGCCCGUAGUGUGUGGGGUUAUGGUUCAAGUUCUCAGGUCACACUUUUAUCCCCAAGCAUGGUGGAAACAACCUCAGAGAACACUAUAACCAUCCCAGGCACAACAGAAGGUCACUUUGAUGUUGCAGAGAGGUCUCAAAACGCAAGCAUUCCAGAAACCGUUCUGUCUUUGGCUAAUUUAACUGCUGUAAGCAUUAACUCCACAUCUGUGAUUCUGAGAUGGGAGCGACCAGGAAGUAUCAAGUGGAUCCAUGGUUACCGCGUGUGGUUUGCUGUCAGCUAUAGUAAUGGCACAGACAUUGCCAUGGAAUCUGAUGUUACAGAGCCCACAGUGAUUCUUACCGGCCUCAGGGCAAAUACUGAGUAUGUGGCGAGAGUGUGCAUGCUUAGCAAACAUGGCUCUGGGCCUUAUAGUCUCCCUAUAUCCAUCAGAACACAACCAACACAGGAAGUUUUUGCAGUGAACUUCAAAGUCAAAGCUGCUAUGAAGAGCUCGGUGCUGCUGACCUGGGAGUCACGAACCACCAGUAAUAAAGCACAGUCUCUCACUAUUUCAUAUGGUGAUGGUGAGAGUGUGGAGGUGGAUGGGCGGCUCGGCCAGAAGUUGGUCACUAAGCUAAAGCCUCAGUCUGUCUACACCUUCCUGUUAACCAGUAAAGCUGACAGCACUGGUGGCUUGCAGCACCGUGCGGACGCCAUGACGGCUCCAAAUCUGCUGACCAGGAAACCUCAGCUGCUGGACAAGACCAGCACACAGAGCAUUGCAACACUGCAGCUGCCAGCUGUCCAGGGACAGGCUAAUGUUAGGGGGUUCUACAUUGUAGUUGUUCCUCUUAAGAGGCAGCGAGGAGGAAACUUCCAGAAUUUCUGGAGUGAUCCAGAUGAGAUGAACACUGAUGAGCUGUUGAGGGAGAUUAAUGGCACCGGUCGCUCUGUGCGUCUGCGGAGGCAGGCGGAGGCAAAACCAUACAUCAGUGCUCAUUUUCAGAAUCUACCAGCCGAGUUUAAUCUAGGAGAUGGACGUAUGUAUGGAGCAUUCCUGAACCGACCUCUUCUUAAUGGACAGGAGUAUGUCUGCUUCGUGCUGGCUAUUCUUGAACUGGGCCAGAAUACCGUGUACUCCACGAGUCCAUUCUCUGAUGCCGUGCUGUUCUCUGAUGUUGAGCCACAGCCAAUUGUAGAUGAGGAGGAGGGGCUUCUUUGGGUGGUGGGGCCAGUGCUGGCCGUCAUCUUCAUCAUCAGCAUAGUCAUCCUCAUUCUUCUCUUUAAAAGCAAACCAGACAGGAAGCGGGCAGAGCUGGAAGGCAGGAAGUGCAGUUUUCCCAGCAGCAGUAAAGCCAUGAGUUCCCAGCAUCCAUCUGACCCAGUGGAGCUGCGUAGAAUCAACUUCCCCACAGCUGGCAUGACCAGCCACCCUCCAGUAUCCAUCUCAGACCUGCCAGCUCACAUAGAGAGGAUGAAAGCCAAUGACAACCUGAGGUUCUCUCAAGAGUAUGAGUCUAUUGAUCCAGGGCAGCAGUUCUCAUGGGAACAUUCUAACCUUGAUAUUAACAAGCCAAAGAACCGAUACGCCAAUGUCGUUGCCUAUGACCACACCAGACUAUCACUCUCCAACAGUGAUGGAGUUCCUGGCGGUGACUACAUCAAUGCCAACUUUAUAGAUGGGUACCGCAGACAGGGCACAUACAUCGCCACCCAGGGCCCCAUGCCAGACACAUUCAGUGACUUCUGGAGAAUGGUCUGGGAACAACACACAGCAAAUAUCAUCAUGAUCACCAAACUUGAGGAGAAAUCCAGAAAUAAGUGUGAUCAGUACUGGCCCAGCAGAGGCACAGAAACAUACGGACUCAUGCAGGUCUCGUUAUUGGACACGGUGGAGCUUGCAACCUACUGCGUUAGGACUUUUGCUCUCUUUAAGAGUGGGAGUGGAGAGAAAAGGGAGGUUCGUCAGUUCCAGUUCACAGCAUGGCCAGAUCAGGGGGUACCUGAGCACCCCACUCCUUUCCUGGCCUUCCUGAGACGGGUCAAAGCCUGCAACCCCCCUGAUGCCGGACCCAUUGUGGUCCACUGCAGUGCUGGUGUUGGUCGCACAGGCUGCUUCAUUGUGAUUGAUGCCAUGCUAGAGCGUGUGAAGCAGGAGAAGACAAUAGAUGUUUAUGGUCAUGUGACCCUGAUGCGAUCUCAACGAAAUUACAUGGUGCAGACAGAGGAGCAGUACGUCUUUAUUUAUGAAGCGCUGCUGGAGGCUGUUUCCUGCGGCAACACCGAGGUGCCAGCACGGAACCUUUACGCAUACAUCCAGAGACUCACUCAGACAGAGCCGCCAGAGCACAUCAGCGGAAUGGAGCAGGAGUUUAAACGAUUAGCAAAUGCCAAAGCGCAUAACUCCAGAUUCGUCAGUGCCAGCCUCCCAUGCAAUAAGUUCAAAAACCGAUUGGUGAAUAUCAUGCCAUACGAGAGCACACGCGUGUGUCUGCAGCCAAUCAGAGGAGUGGAGGGCUCAGACUAUGUCAAUGGCAGUUUUAUAGAUGGCUACAGGCAGCAAAGGGCGUAUAUUGCGACUCAGGGGCCAUUGGCUGAAACAGUUGAGGAUUACUGGAGGAUGCUUUGGGAACACAAUUCUACUAUAGUAGUUAUGCUUACUAAACUCAGAGAAAUGGGAAGGGAGAAAUGUCAUCAGUACUGGCCAUCUGACAGGUCAGCACGCUAUCAGUACUUUGUGGUGGAUCCCAUGGCAGAGUACAAUAUGCCACAGUAUAUUCUGAGAGAAUUUAAAGUCACGGAUGCAAGGGACGGUCAAUCCAGAACAGUCCGGCAGUUUCAGUUCACGGAUUGGCCCGAGCAGGGCGUGCCAAAGUCUGGUGAAGGCUUUAUCGAUUUCAUUGGUCAAGUUCACAAAACAAAAGAGCAGUUUGGUCAGGAUGGGCCAAUCACAGUGCACUGCAGCGCUGGCGUUGGGAGGACAGGUGUAUUUAUCACUCUAAGUAUAGUUUUGGAGAGGAUGCGUUACGAAGGAGUGGUCGACAUCUUCCAAACUGUCAAGAUGUUGCGUACUCAAAGACCAGCCAUGGUGCAGACAGAGGAGCAGUACCAGUUCUGCUAUCGAGCAGCGCUGGAGUACCUGGGCAGUUUUGAUCACUAUGCAACAUAAAACCUUGCCCUGGACCAAGAGUCACAUCCUUCCCCACUGAGACCUGCGUCUGAUCAAUCUGACAGCCUCUUUCUGUUGCCCACAGCUCCAGAGUCUGUUUCAUUUCUCCAAACAGCACACAAUUUAUCAGCCAGACAGGGAGGGCAACUGGGACACAGAAUUGUCACAACAAAUUGUAGCUUCAAUCAUAUAAAGUUGACAAGAAAUAUUUGGGGUGGAAUAAACAUCCUCUGGCAUUACAGCAGAAACUGCUUGAAUUUAACCAUGUGCUGUCUGGUAGGAGACAACAGUCAAACUGUUUGAUUGUACUUGCUAAUUGUCAUAAUUUAUUUAACAGCAAAUCCCCCCAAAACACAAUAAUGUUUUUUUGGGAUGCAGUCGAGGUUUACAGUGAAUUUUCCACUGUUUUUUGUGAUCAGUUGAUAGUGGAUCUACCAACUCACUUUUUUAAGUGGAGAAAAUUUCCUAUAAGAUGGAACAUCACUUGAGCAUUGGUGCUUUUGCCAAACAGUAUUCUGUUUGAUAUCCAUUGCACAAACACACACACACAUAGAUAUCUAAGUACAUUUCUAUCACAGAUUAAGAAAAGCAAAAAUAGCAGAACUUAAAAAUGGAGAUUAGUCUCAAAAACUGUGCAAUAUUGAACAUGACCGCACCAAGUUUUAAACCACUCAAGUAUUAGAUAUUCUCACUGUAAUUAUAUUGUCUCAUAAAUCUUAUAUGAAAAAAAUAAAUAAUAUUAUUCAUAUUAGCACA